AUAUAUUCAUCGAAAUAUAUCGUAAUUAUAUGAAAAGCACUGUAGAUACUUGACAAUCUAUGAAAAGUUCGAUUUUUCAUCAAAAAAAAAUAUUUACAAUAAUUUUAUCAAUAAAUACUGUCUAGUUGGUCAACAUUGUGAGCCACUUUUCGGAUCAAAGCCGAACUUUUUUUAAAGCUUUUUUUUAAUCAUUUUGUAGAGGAGAAAAAACUGUACAACAUAUCUCAAAUUGAGCGUGGAAGUCCUAAAAAUGACUGAAUGGCAGUCGAUAUACUGGAAAAAAUCCACCUACUUUUCGCCCGAAAAAUGACUAGUCAUGAACAGUAUUUCAUAAAUAACUAUCGAUCACUCCAUAUAAAUAUAAUAUAUAAAUAGCUCAUUUUGUUCAGCGUUCAAUUCACUAUCUUUUGGUAUAUUACAGUAAACAUUUGGUUAAUUUUUUGUUAUCUUAAAAAACCCGCCUUUUUAGAGAUGAUUUUUGCAAGUAUUCUCCAAAUAUCAUCGUCAGUGAUCGACAAUAAAAUUGAGCUAACUUUUCACCAGCUCAAUCAAAUGCGCUAAAAAUUUGGAUUUAGAGGUUUUUGAUGAUGCUGAAUAAAAUGAAAACAAAAAAUCAAAAAAAAUUUUUUUGACGAGUGCUUCGAUUUCUUGAUGGCCUCAUGGACGCUCUCUUAAUGGAUCUUUCUCGAUUAUCAAUCUUUUACUAGUGUAAACAGAGCUAAACGAAGGCACAAAUUAUCUUUUUUUCUUUUAUUAUCUUAUUAAUAAAUCUAUUCUUUAGAAAAAUAAAACAAUGAAUAAUAAACUGUAAAUUGUUUCAUAUGUCAAGCAUAUCUACAAUAUCAACAACAAUAAUAACAAAAAAGGAGAAAAAUGAAGAACAAUUUGAACUUAAACACCAAUUUAUUCUUCGAAUGCCAUCACUAAUCGUUUUUUUCUUUUCAAUUCAAUAAAUCUUUGUCAAGAUUGUUUUAAUUUUUCUAGGGAUGAAUAUUCAAGACGCUUACGUCAGUUUAUUGAUUAUGGUCAUGAAAAAAUUCGUUAACGUCUUUUUAUUGAUUUAAAUCCUGAACGAAGACGUGAUCGUGUUUAAUUUGAUGAUACUGUUUUUAAAGGUACACUCUAUGAUUUACCAUCUAUAAUAGAAACAUAUAAAACAUUUCAUCGAAAAACUUUAUAUAAAAUAGAUGAUAUUGAUCAAAUAAGCAAACAUUUUUAUUUAUUUCUAAAUAAAAAUCAAAUUUUAGAUUAUUGUUUGUCAAUUACCGGAUGAUCUUAUAGUUCAACUGAGGAUGUAAAAAGAUAAAGAAAUAAAAUUUCAAUGACCACAUGGAUGUAUACCUUUAUUUAAAUCAAUAAAACUUUUUUUGUUGUUAUUUAUUUAAUAGUUUUAGUAACAUUGCCAUUAAAAAAUGUACGAAAACGACAUUUUCGUAAAGUAAAUAGAGAUGAAAUGGGAGAAGAAGUAAGACAUUUAUUUCGAGCUGAUUAUGAGGUUGAAUGCAAAGUUAUUUAUGAUAAUGAUCAACAAAUAGAAGUUAGUAAACAAAUAGAAAAAAUCCGCUUGGAACAUAAUGAUCUAUUUGGUGGUGCUCUUAGUCAAUCAGAUGAGGAAUAA